UGUUGUGAUGACGUCACGCACCCCCCCCCCAUGCGCGGAGACGGCCACGUGACUGCGGGCGGGGACGUCACGCGCGAGGAGUCGCGGCGAGUGACGCGGCCGGCAGAGGAACAAGUUCAGAGGCGGCCGCCUCCACCAGCAACCUCGUCCACCAACCUCGUCCACCUCGUCCUGCUCCACCUCCUGCUCCACCACCACCAACCUCGUCCUCCACCACCUCCUGCUCCACCACCAGCGUCUCCACCACCACCACCACCUCGUCCGACUGCUGCUGUCCGUGUCGCCCGGGCGCUGAGCGCCUCCUCUUGGUCGCGGGCUCCCAGCGGCAGCAGCUGCGGCGGCGAUGGAGUCGGGGAGUCGAGGCCGCGCACCGGGGCCAGCGGCGGCGCGGGAGACGUGAGGGGAGACCCCGGCCAGAGACAUGGGCUCCAGACUCAGGGAGAACCCGGAGCGCAUUUUUGAAGUCUUCGUCGAGGUCUCCUGCCCGGUGUCGACAGGAGAUGGUGCCGAAGUGCUGUGGAAGUACCCGGAGGAUUAUUACAAGCAGGAUGUGCUCGGCACUAUCCCCAAGUUCUGCUUUCCUUUCGAUGUGACCAGGGUGAGCCUGCGGGACGUGGGCCAGAGCUUCACGUUCGUGCUCACGGACGUGAGCGGCACCCAGAGCUUCGGGAUAUGCCGCAUGUGCCCGGCGUCGCACACCUGCCUGGCUCUGCUCAGUUACCUGCCAUGGUUCGACGUUUUCCACCGUCUCCUAAACACCCUGGCUGAGCACAUCAACAAGGCAGAGGAGGGCUGUGUGCAGCAGCUGCUGCUCUCGCUGCACGAGCGCGAGGUCCCGGAGCCCGGCACGCCCCUGCAGCUCACCCAGCUCACUUACUUCAUCUCUCCGGAUCUCAGAGAGCUGCCAACGAUUCCAGAAAAUCGCAACCUGACGGAGUUCACGGUGGCCGUGGACGUGCCCAACACGCUGCAGCUGUACGCCAGCCUCCUCAACGAGCGGCGGAUCAUCGUCACCUCCUCCAAGAUCAGCACGCUGUCGUCAUGCGUCCACGCGCUGGCGUUGCUGCUCUACCCCAUGAGCUGGCAGCACGUGUACAUCCCCCUACUGCCUCCACACCUGCUCGAGUACUGCAGUGCUCCGAUGCCAUUUCUCAUCGGAGUCCAUUCCUCGCUCAUGGACCGUGUGCGGACGAUGCCGCUGGACGAUGCCAUCGUGUUCACCAUCGACACGAACACCAUCGAGACGCCGCUCAAUGACUUGCAGGGCCUGCCCAGCGACGUGGUGGCGGCGCUGCGCUCCCGCUUGAAGCGCCCGGCGAGCGUGGGAGACGGCGUGGCGCGCGCCUUCCUCAAGUCGCAGGCGGCGCUGUACGGGAGCUACCGCGAGGCGCUCCGCUUCCAGCCCGGGGAGCCGAUCACCUUCAGCGAGGACGCGUUCGUGUGCCACCGCUCGGCGAGCAUGCGGACGUUCCUCACCAACGCCACGCAAAUGCAGAUCUUCAAACAGUUCAUAGAGGAGCGUCUGGAGCGGUUGAAUGCGGGCUCGGGGUUUAACGACGUGUUUGAGGAGGAGAUCAACCGCAGUGAGACCGAAGGAGGAGCAACGAAGUCCUACAAUCAGUGGCUCACAACGGUGAAGAAAGGAGGCGGGGCCAUCUUCCAGACGGUGAAGUCCAAGGCCAAUCCCGCCGUGAAGUCUGUGUACAAGUUUGCGAGGGAGCAAGCGAAACUCGCGAAAGACCAGGCACGCAUGGGCAUCCAGGAGGUGAAGAGCCGCCUCAAGCAGAAGGAGGGAUCCUCCGUGGACGACUUCUCCCCGCAAGAAAGCCCCACGACGUUCAGCCGCCUGGGAGAGCCGUGGGCCUCGCCGGACCACGACCCCUCGCCCACCGGGGCCGCCGCCGCCGCCGCCGCCGGGGCGGCCCCGCUGGGCUCCAACGGGGACGUCGCUGACUGGAAGCGCACGUCGCUGCCCAGCCCGGACAUCCCUUAUUUUCUGGAGGAUUCCGGCUCUGACCCCGAGGAUUCCGCUCCUGGUUUUCCGGACACUCGGCUACUGGGCUGUCACCUCCGCUGGUGUGUCUGCAUGUCGCAGCCCUACCGCUCGCUGGACAAUCGUCAUCACAACCGUGCGGAGCGAUCCGAUUGGCCGGCGGAGGCCGUGCGGCAUCAGCUGGCGGCGAAGUCAUUGGACGACCUGCGAGGAGACCGACUCAUGAGCAGGCCGCCUGCUCCAGGCCUCUCGUUGGCCGACGUUGGCGCUUCCCUGCCGUCGCUGACUCCGCCCCUGCCCCGCUUCCCGACCAACCAGAGCGCUCCCCGGCUGCUGGCCCCACCCCCGGCCGCCCACCCCUCGAGAGCGGACGCGGGGGACUCCAACAACAACCACGGCGCCAAGCCGCGCCGGCGCGCCGAGAGGGCCGCGGCGCGUCGCCACCCCGGCGGCUUCGACGACCUCGUCAGCCUCGACGAGCCGGGAGACGGCGAAGGCGGCGGCGACGGGGGGAGCGCCGGGGGGGUCGAGGAGCCGGACCUCCUGGAUCUGCUCGACCCCCUGAAGCGGCGGACGCAGCUCCCCGGCGCCACCGCCGCCACCGUCGCCGGGGAGCCGAGCGUCCGCGACCUGCUGGAGGCGUCUCCCCCCGCCCCGCGGCGCUUCCACCCCUCGCCCGCCCUGAGCCUCUUCGAUGCUCCACAUCCCGCGAUGGUGUCGGCGAAUCGCUUCGCCCCGUUCCCGCCGGCCAAUCGGAUCGCUUCCUUGCCAGCAAAUCGGUUUGCGGUCGCGCCGCAGCAGCCGCCGCCCGCGCUGGCCAAUUGCCUUCAGGCCACGCCCGUUGCGUUCGCGACGUGCGGUCCGGCUGUCCCGCCAGCCAAUCGGACGUUCCCCUUCAACUAUCAAGUGGCCAAUCGGAUGCAAGCUCCGGUGCCGCUGCCCCCGCACGCGGCCAACAGGACGCUGCCUGUGCAGCCAGCCAAUCAGUUGCCUCCAUUCUUAGCCAAUCAGACGUCUCCGUUUAAUCAAACCUUCCCACCGGCCAAUCUCGUGGCAGCGGCGGCAAACCAUCACGUGACCGCGCCGGCCAACCAGAUGCCUGCGCGGGCGAGGAGGCCGAACCCGCCCACGUCUCUCCCGCUCCCGGAUCCCGGGUCACGUGACGGCGACGUCACGCAGCGCAGGCAGCAGUGGGAAACGUUCGAUUGAUGAUCGCGGGACGGACACGUGUCUGGAGAGAGAGAGGGGGGGUGUGGAGCGUGGGGCGCAAUCGCGGCCACGAUCGAACACUCGAAUUAUACCGCCAAGGUUCAACCGCUCGACAAGAGCGACCGAGACGCGCGAUCGCAGCGGAGAACUCGCCCGCCAAUGGCUCGGCGCAAACGAUUGGGAAAGUGGUGGCGCUCCUCCCGGAAAGCCACUUCCCCACACCCUCCCCCCGCGGCUUCUCCCCGCUCUGCCCGGAAGAAAGUAGAAGCGUAGGCGGUGAGCGUGUUGGGGACGAUGCUAGUAUACGUGAGUGCCUUCCAGUGUUAAUUUGUUUUGCCUGAAUUAUGGACUAAUGCCACUGCUAUUUUAUUAUUUUUAUUAUUGUACUUUUUAUUUUUGGGGGGAUGAACGCAAAAUCCAUGGCCUGAAAAGAGAAGUGGAGCUGCAAGAUAGGGUCGCUGUUCAGGUGAACAUCUCUUGUUAUCAAGGAAGGAUCACCAGAUUACAAAUUGAUAGCUAACUCUGGUCUUUGUUGACGAGGCGUUUGCAAUCGUAUUGCUUGAAACAAAUGGUGAAUGUGACAGGUUCCUUACGAGUUCAACACCAACCGGUUGUGUGGUGGAGGAUAAACCCACGACAACAUUUACAAUUCGAGUACUGUCACAUUUCGCCGGUGAUAACAACCAUCCUCACCAGGCGACAGACGUAAUUUUUUUUUUUUUCACGGCAAGCCUUACCAAUUGGCUGUGUUGGGUGGUGGCGAGUUUAAAUGACACAUAUUUACGCGAUCUAACCCAAAAAACAAUCGAUUAUGGAUAAUAUCGGCCACGAAAGCCUACUACGUGUUAAAUGAUGAUGAUGAUGACAUUUAUAUUUACGCGAUCUAACCACAAAAAAAAACGAUUAUUGAUAAUAUCGGCCAUGAAAGCCUACUAUGUGUUAAAUGAUGAUUAUGAUGAAGAAAGCUCACUUGCACUUCCAGAAAGCCCCCGUAGAGAAGUUCCGUGGCUUCAUCACGGUUACUCGCCGCUUCCCGUGUUGGCCCAUCGACCUUCCGGUCACCUCUCGUGAAUUACAAGCCGGGAGGAGACGCGGCGUUUGGGGGCAACGCCGAGAUGGAAAUAUCCCGGUUAGGCAUUUCACAGGGGGACAGCUCAUGAAGUACGAGCCGAUUCCCCUUUGCGAUUGGUUCGUUUACGCAGCUGAGAGCCCUCUCUCGAGUGACGAGGAGGUGUUGUGGGUCUGAAGGUGGACAACCGGAGGAAAGCGCUCGCUCUCCGAUUAACAUUAAUGCACAGUGUAAACAAGUCAACAAAUAAACCCAAUUGCUCUCUU